UUUAAUGCAAAAGCAGUUAGUCUGGUGUUUUUCAGAAGCCCACACACGCCACUAGCAGGGAGAAGUGCAGGGCAGCUACAGCACAGCACUUGGGCCAGUUACUCAUUUUGUCUCAGUUAGGCUCUGCCACCCCAAGACCUUGCCAAGAUGUGUGACAUGGGUGGGCUUGACAAUCUGAUUGCCAACACAGCCUAUCUGCAGGCAAGGAAGAGUGGAGAUGGAGACACCAAGGAGAUGCAAAAGAGACGUAAGAGCCUCUCACUGCCCAAGAUUGAUCAAUGCACAGAGGUUAGACAGUCCAUUGUUGCUGAUUAUGACAGCAUCUGUGAGCAGCAGCCCAUUGGCAAGAAAUUCUUCAGAGACUUCUUAGAGACAGUGCCAGAAUAUUUGGUAGCUAGAGACUUCCUGGAUGAAGUGUCAAACUGGGAGUUGGCAGAGGACAAUGUCAAGAGCAGUACCAUGGAGAAUAUGAUCACCAAUUUUCUUAAGGCAGGCUCCAAAAACUGUCUAGCUUUCAUGAGCUCUGACUUGGCCAGCAAAUGCCAGGCAGCUACUGCAAAAGACUAUGAGAAUGUCAUGCUGCUGGCCAAGGAGGAAACGAAACUCUUCCUUAAAGACAAGCCCUUCCAGGACUUCCAGACCAGCCCCUUCUAUGACAAAUUCCUCCAAUGGAAAGUUUUUGAGAAGCAGCCGGUAACUGAGAAAUACUUCUAUGAGUUCCGAGUGCUGGGCAAAGGUGGCUUUGGAGAGGUUUGUGCCAUCCAGGUGAAAAAUACUGGCAAGAUGUAUGCCUGCAAGAAACUGGAUAAGAAAAGGUUGAAAAAGAAAGGUGGAGAGAAGAUGGCACUACUGGAGAAAGAGAUCCUGGAGAAGGUCAAUAGCCCUUUCAUAGUCACACUAGCUUAUGCCUAUGAGAGCAGAAGCCAUCUGUGUCUUGUCAUGAGCCUCAUGAAUGGAGGGGAUCUGAAGUAUCACAUCUACAAUGUGGGAGAAAGGGGUUUAGCAAUGAACAGGGUCAUCUAUUACUCAGCUCAGAUCACCUGUGGGAUUCUGCAUCUCCAUUCCAUCAAGAUUGUGUACCGGGACAUGAAACCAGAAAAUGUCCUCCUGGAUGAUAACGGCAAUUGCAGACUGUCUGAUCUUGGAUUGGCAGUGCAAGUCAAAGAGGGAAAAAGCAUCACGCAGAGGGCUGGGACAAAUGGUUAUAUGGCUCCAGAAAUCCUGAAGGAGGAAGAUUACAGCUAUCCUGUGGACUGGUUUGCUAUGGGGUGUAGUAUUUAUGAGAUGGUUGCUGGGCGAACACCAUUCAAGGAUUUCAAAGAAAAGGUCGGUAAGGAUGAGGUUAAAAGAAGAACUCUGGAAGAUGAGGUGAAAUUUGAACAUGCCAGCUUUACAGAGGAAGCGAAAGAUAUUUGCCGACUGUUUUUGGCUAAGAAAACAGAGAAUCGUUUAGGAAGCAGAAAUGAAGAUGAUGACCCAAGAAAACAUGGUUUCUUCAAAACAAUAAAUUUCCACAGGCUAGAGGCAAACCUUAUUGACCCUCCAUUUGUGCCAGAUCCAUCAGUUGUCUAUGCCAAAGAUGUUGCAGACAUUGCUGACUUCUCUGAAAUACGAGGAAUUGAGUUUGAUGACAAAGAUAAGAAGUUUUUCAAAAAGUUUGCAACAGGUGCUGUCCCUAUAGCCUGGCAGGAAGAAAUUAUUGAAACGGGACUGUUUGAAGAACUGAAUGAUCCUAACAGAGUAGAUUCCGGCGGUUACGCAAACGGAGGUGAAGCUAAGUCAGGAGUUUGUUUGUUGUUGUAAAUAUCACAUCGUUAACAAAAAGAGUAGAAACCACCUCAGAACUUUCCAUAUUCUGACACUGUUUCAGAAACGCAGUCCAUCUGUUAAAGAAGAACCAAUCAGUGUAUUAGGACAUUGACAGGCUAUGUAGGACCACCAGCUGUAUAGACUGUAUUAUUUCCUUUGCUCUAACAAAGGAGAUAAUAUUUUUGUUUUAUUGGAGAUUUAUCAAGAUGAAGAACCAUAUUUCUCUAAGAAGAUUAGAAUGAUAGAAAUUCUGAAAUACAAAAAGCAAUAAUGGAGUGAAGAGGCAACGCCUGUUGGAAAUGACUGACUAGCAUUUUGAAUACAAUGAUUUGUUGGUUUUCUUUCUAUUUUCUUGUUAUUUCUACUAACACUUCCUCAGUCUACAGUUUUCAGGAAAGAUUUUUUUAAUUUUCAAGUAAUAUUCUCAGUUAGACAAUGGAGCUCAUAUACGAUGUCAAACGUGGAAUGUUAUUGGUUAGCCAGUCUGUCUGUUGUUUUCUUAAUUUCUAUUAGUUUUUGGGCGGUUUGAUUG